AUGGGCGCCGUGAUGGGCUCGCUGGUCGGUCUGACGAUCGGCUUCAUCGGUGGUGGCUUCCAGAUCCUGCGCGGCGGCCCUGGUCCCCGCGGCGUCAUGGGCACACUCGCCCAGUACAUGCUCUCUUCCGCGGCCACGUUCGGCUUCUUCAUGUCGAUCGGCUCGGUCAUCCGCACCGAGUCGCUGCCGUCGUCGAACGACGCGCAGUGGCGUGCGGCGUACCGCGCCGCAGGCCACCGCGUCGCCAUGGCCCCUCGCGUGCACGCGUCUUCAUAG